GUAUUUUAUUGUUACAAUUUAUACUGAACGAGAUAGUAUGUGUUUUACGUUAAUUUAUAACCGUGUUUUAUUUCAUUAAAACUUAUCACAAGGUCGAAAGUCAUUAAAUUUCUGUUUCUAAGUUUUAUAAAAAUGUUUUUGGGUCACUCAAAUAGUUAGUCAAUUUAUUCAAUGGUCUCUCAAAUGCACAAAUAUGAAUAUAUUAUGUAUAAACUCUUACAUUUUGUUACAGUAAAAAUUACUGAGAGAGUAAACCUUUGAUGAAAUUUACUGUUUAAAACUGUUGGCUAAUCAUCUGAACUACUACUAUACAUAAGGAUCAGCUUUUAAGCAAAAUGGGACCACGGCGCGUAGAACAGAUAAUUCUUCUGAAAGUGAUGAAGAAAGCAGUAUUAGACAUGAUAAAUUCAAGUCAGAGAGAUUUCAAGAAAAGAAUGCGCAAAAUGUCAGAGAUGAUUAUUCUAAGUACGAUGAUAAAUAUAGUAGGAGGUACAGAGAAAGGUCUCCAAAGAAAACUAGUAGACAUAGAGAUAUAGUUUCCUCAACUUAUUACAAAAAUGAAUCUAAAAACAGACAUGACCAUAGGGAUAGUAACAAAAGGUCUUAUUCGGGAUCCAGUAGAUCUAUAGAUAGUGAACCAUUAGUUAAAACAAAAAAAUAUGCAGAUGCCAACAACACAGACAAAUUUGAGGCACCAAAAACGCGUAAGAAUAAUUUAUCUUCUCUACUAAAAAACUUUGACAAGAAAGUGGAAUCAAAACGAAUCAACUCAGAAAACUCAAUUGAAAUAGGUCCUGUUUUACCUCCUCAUUUAAAACAAAAUGAAAUUGAAACGGAGUCAGUCAUUAUCUAGUAACCCAACAGAUACUACUGUAGGUCCUGCACUACCACCCCAAUUGAAUAAUAGUAAUGACAUUUCAAACAAUGGAUCAAGCAAAUUUAAUAAUUCUUUCAAAAGUAAAGCUGUAUCAUCGUUGAUUUUUGAUAACAAAGUCAAUAAUGUGAGUGAUACAGUAGCAACAGUUAUUGAAAAAGAGAAUGAGAUUCACUCUGCACAACCAUUUGUAGUUAACAACUCCGAUGACUCCUGCAGUAUAGAUAAUCUGACUAAAGAUGACCAUGUAGAAUCUUCAGAAAAAGAUUUAUUUGGACCUACAAUACCACCUGAGUCAAAGCCAGAAACGUAUGGGCCAACUUUGCCUCCAAAACAAGACUCAGAUUCUUAUGGUCCUGCUCUGCCCCCUAGUCAUGUGAGAGAUGCUAUUCAAGGACCUGCUCUUCCUCCAGAAAUGGCAAGUGAACUAGGAGAAACUGCUCAAGAAGAUUCAGAAGAUGAUGAUGACAUGGUUGGUCCUCAGGUAGAGGGUAAAAUGACAAAAGCACAAUACCUUCUAGACAUGCGAGCCAUACACAUUAAAAGAAAACUUGAUGAAGAGAAAGGUGGCAUUUCAAAGGAGGUGAAAAAACGAGAAGAGUGGAUGUUGGAGCUGCCCCCAGAAAAGGCUUCCAACCUCGGUCUGGGGCCUCGGUCAUUUCGGAUGAAGGAAGCCCCUGACAUGAGCAACAGGUCCAGCUGGACAGAUACUCCAGCCGACAAACUGCGCAAGGAACAACAGGCGUUG